AUGGCGAUCCGUCGACGCAAGCAAACGAACGUUCUCCUCGCCCUCAAGGUGCUUCACUUUGUCAUUCAACUACGUCGACGUGUCAAGCCACGUGUACAAAGGAGCUUCGACGAUGAUCUUCAGCUUGGCCACAAGGUUUCCACCGAUCGGAAGGCAUUGAGGCGAUUUUCUGAAGGGUUGUCCCGACUUGGGCUCCGCAACGCAAAGCAGCCGCAGCACAUCGCCAACCGCAUUUGCAAGUACCGCAAGAGCCACCAGAAGUCGUUUAGGCCAGUGCUUAGGCUACGUACGUCGGGCCUGGAUGAUUUCGAUCGCUCAAACGAAUCUGGUGAAGAGGUGCAACACAUGCUAAGCUCUGUCGACGACAAGCUCAGUCCUGUUGGAGUAGCCCUGUCAGCGAACGCGACCAACAACAAGCUCUUUCUCAAGCACAGUAAUUCGCCGAUCUUCGAACGCUGCUCCUUGGAGGAAGUCAAUCGAUUGUUGGUGACCACUUACGAGACUAUUCAGACACUGUCAUACUGUCGUUCCCAGUUCAGUGACAGCUGGCUUGCAGCACAAGGUCAAGAAUUUGGGCUCAACAUAGACGAGACUUUUGUUGCAAACUAUGAGCAUUUGCUGCUGCGACUUCAGACCGAGCUCAUCGAAGCACAGGUGCGCAAAGCGCUUGAAGAGCUCCUACGGGGUGGGCAUGACAAGAAGCAGCGAAGGCUCCUGAGCUGGUUCACCGAAUUCGCUGAGAAGCCACGGCCCCUCAGUACCUCCUUUCCAUGGACUAUCAAGCCAUCGCUGGCUGUGUUAUGGGGUGUCUGUUGGAUGUUUUACAACUCUUGGGGCAAUGCGUCCGCGGGCUCCGAAGGUGGCAAUGAUCGCGUCCCAGGAUCUCGUAUGCUUCAACACGUCGAUGUACCAUGGACCGCUCCAGGAUCGUCUGAAUGUAGGUUUCGCAUGUUGCACUUCAACUUCGGCCUUGAGUUGAUUGGUUCACAACCGCAACGUGAGGUGCAACAGCAAACUGGCGACAACGUGACAGUGGGGCCUCAGAGUGAUGUGUUCGAAGCACGAAACGCGGAUACCUGGCCGCCCGAUUGGCAACAUUUGGAAUCUAGGCAUCCGAACCUUACAGAUACCCACCUAUCGCCGAUUGGUUCGUUGGCGCCUGCUGCACCGCCCCAAUUCCCAGGCCAGAGUACUUAUUAUCGGGCUGGCCCUCAGCAGUACCCCAUAUAUUUCGAUAAUAAUUAUUUGCCUCAGAACCCAGGCGCCACAACGAUUACGGCCUUUACGCAGCUUAGCCCCAAUAGCCUUGACCAACAGCCUUGGCACUUUUUGCCACAACAUAGUCCGCGUCAUCUGAUAAACCCUACACAGACUCCAAGCAUUCGAGUCACCGGGACAGCGGGAACGGGUAGUGAGGUGUUUGCUCCGCCACAAUCGGAUUUCGCGGCCUGGCCAAAUCAUAUAUCGUACGCCUCAGGCCCGCCACGCAACAACAACACCACCAUCGACCUCUUCAACAUGGGAAAUACCUUGCCACCAGUGAACAGAUCAACAAUACAACUAUCGCAGAUCCACCAUAAGCACGAACGCUCACAUUCCAUGAACUCAAACUCGAAUAUGCCUACUCCGGUCAGCAUGUCAGGAGAUGCUCUCCCAUCACCCGUUGGCGAGCAGAGAAGGACGAUGUCGAGCCCUCACACUCACACAAGACAACUUUCCGAGGACAUCUCCUCGCAAGAUGAGCAUGACGGAUCUUUGCGGAAGAACCACUCCUACAAGCGUGCCGAAGAGCCACCGCGCAACCACGAAGCAAAGAUGAUCUGCAAGCACCAAGAAUGCUCAGGACUUACAUUCGACCGAAAGUGUGAGUGGAGCAAGCACAUGGACAAGCAUGAUCGGCCUUAUAAGUGUCUCGUCAAAGGAUGCGAGAAACUGCAAGGCUUCACAUACAGCGGUGGUCUCCUGCGUCACGAACGCGAAGUACACAAGAUGCACGGUGGCACCAAGAAGUCACUCUUCUGCCCUUUUACAGAUUGCAAGCGCAGCUCUGGAGCCGGCUUCACACGGAAGGAGAACCUUGCUGAGCACAUCCGUCGCGUACAUCGUAGGACAAGCAUGUCAGCGGACAUGCACGGCCUAGUCAUUCGACGUGACACCAUGGAACGCUCACCAACCGUCGAGAGCCAUCAAGCCUCCGAGUCACCAUAUGUCCGUAACUUGGAGUACCGUGACAGCGAGGAGCCUUCGCUCAAGCGGAAACGAGUCACUGACUCAGUCCUCUCUGAUCGCGCAGAUGAGGAUCUCCGCGCUGAGAUCAGGAGACUACGCCACGAGAACGAAGAGAAGGAUGCACGGUUACGGCAGCUUGAACAAGCUGUGAUGGCGCUGCAGCAGAGUCGCAGGUAGCCACUCACAUCUCGGGGUUUCAACACAGAAUGAAUGGGAUAUACCCACAUCGAUUGAGAUAAUCUUUACUUGUCAUCUUUUAAUGCAUUACAGCUGCAGGAGUAUGGUUAAUGGUACUUGGACUGGGACGGACAUCUCAAACUGCAUAGCAUGGUUAUUGGCACUCACAAAUUACGACUCACUUUCCCCUCUGGCAGGAUGACGCUCGCUGUACAUACUAUUGAGCGUCUGACUGCUCUUCAACCCUAUACUUGUAUUUAUUGUCAGCAUGGCUGGAACAUGUGCUCACGAGAGAUGACGGGGGAUAGAUGGACGCGAAUACUGUGCUCACUCAGAACGACAGCUUGAUGCUGAUAAAUCAAAGACAACACUGUAUUGUACUAGUAAUUGGAGAGUAAACCUAUACAUAGACAAAACUACCAAAAAAAUGUACCCUUUGAGAUACC